AACAAAAAUCAAAUUAAACGUGAAUUUCAAAUUCGAACAAACAGGAACUUUCAGUUUUUCACAGUGGCGCGGACUAUCCUUUCUUAAAACAACAAUCUUAUAGGAAACUGACUAGCUUAUAAUAACUGUUUCCAGCGUUGCCCAAAUCGUUGGAUAUCUUUGGGGAAAUUUUUUGUACUAUCCGGUUUGUAUUAAUUGUUCUGACUAGGUGGAUCAACUGUCUUGCACUGAUCGAAGCUAUUGUUAUUAUAAAGCAUAAAACCUGAGCUAAUGGGCUUCCACAUUUGGGAAAUCGAUUUUUGGUUUUGUUCCAGAAUGAAUACCCUGCGUUUCUUUAUACUAAUUGCCAUAGGACCGAUCGCAGUAAGGAAUCGAAAUAUAUAUUAGGAUGAGAACUGAGGAGUUGUAUACGAGCAGAUCUGCGGAAACUUUGAGUUCAACAAUGUUCGCUGCUUGGUGCGGGAUCGGGUAUUUUUGGACUUUGAUUACUGCUAUCUGAGAUCUGUGAAUCGAACGUAUAAGUACAUGUCGCUGAAAACCAAACUUCACAAGCUGCCGAUUACUAACACCGUGACCAAUUUCCAGAUAAGGAUGCGCGAGAAUAAGAGAAUCCUGUACAACUUCGAUGUCCGCUUCGAUGCCUGUAAGUUCCUACGCGAUCGCAGCAACGUCAUUGUCAACUGGAUUUUCAAAACAUUCGCCGACUUCUCGAAUUUCAACCACACCUGCCCCUAUCACCAUGAUAUUAUCUUGGAUAAGCUUCCCGUUCAGCAUAUAAACAAUAUCAUCCAGACGGUUGUGCCGGAUGGCCGAUACUAUCUCAAUAGCACCUGGUUUGUCGAUGGCAUUCCGCGGGCCGAUGUAAUAAUCUACUUUACCAAAAGCUAAAUAAACGGAUAUUUAAAUAGUCUUUAAA